AUGACGAUUCCGGCGCCUUGGUGUGCUCGUUGCAGGCUAUUUUUUUUUUAUUCCCAUCCGCAAAUGCCCCCUUUUUUCGCUGCCGUGAACUCUAAAGGCAGCUAUCUAGCACGACUCUCGUUAUAUAUAUAUAUAUAUAUGUAUGUGUAUGUGUGUACUUGUGUCCAGUGGAUGUGUGCUCGCACUUGUUUCCCGCGCUUUCGCACGUUUGAAGUUGCUGAGUUGCCACUUUUUAAAUGCCCUCUUCUUCUUCCAUUUUGCACAUCGUUUGGGUGUUUCUCGCCUCGCCCCCGCAGCGAAGAGGACUUCUGGCCGGGGGGGGGGGGGACUGGCAAGGGAUGGAGCCGAAGGAGUGGAAGCAGGUUGAGAGAAGCGUCCAGGAGACGGUGGCGGAUGCGAAUUCGCCGACGGCGCAGCGUUUUAUCCGUGAGUCCUUCAAAAAGAACAAAUUUGCCAGUGCCCUGA